AUGACUGCAUUUUCAUCAUUAAGAGAUUGUGCUUUAAGAUGCAGUGAAGUAUCCAGCAAAGCACAAAAAAUGUUUGGAAUAAGUCAAAGAAAAAGUCAAAAUAUGAUGGUUAGAGGAAUUAGACUAUUUCUUUUGGAAAAUGAGGAUGAUGUUGACAAAAAUAUUGGUAAUUGGAAAAGAAAAGUUGAUCUUUAUGUUGAAGAAGUUAUGAUAGGAUUACUAAAUGGAUGA